AUAGCGGCGGGGGCCGGGCGCCGCGCAGCGCCCGGGCUCCCCGCACCAUGGGUGGCAAGAAGGUUUGCAUCGUGGGCUCUGGCAACUGGGGCUCUGCCAUCGCCAAGAUCGCCGGCAGCAACGCGGCUCGGCUCGGCGCCUUCCAGCCGCAGGUGACGAUGUGGGUGCUGGAGGAGGAGGUGGGCGGCCGGCGCCUCACCGACAUCAUCAACACGGAGCAUGAGAACGUCAAGUACCUGCCGGGGCACAAACUGCCUCCCAACGUGGUGGCAGAGCCAGACCUACUGAAAGCCUGUGCUGGGGCUGACAUCCUCCUCUUCGUGGUGCCACACCAGUUCAUUGCCAAGGUCUGUGACCAGCUCAAGGGCCACGUGAAGAAGGAGGCUGUUGGGAUGUCUCUCAUCAAGGGGGUGGAUGAAGGACCACAGGGGCUGAGGCUGAUCUCAGACAUCAUCCACGAGAAGCUGGGCAUAGAGAUGAGCGUCCUGAUGGGAGCCAACAUCGCCAGCGAGGUGGCAGAGGAGAAGUUCUGCGAAACCACCAUCGGCUGCAAGAACCUGGAGCAUGGGCAGGAGCUGAAGGAGCUGAUGCAGACCCCAAACUUUCGGGUGACAGUGGUGAAGGAAGCUGACACCGUGGAGAUCUGUGGGGCCCUCAAGAACGUUGUGGCCGUGGGGGCAGGGUUCUGCGACGGCCUCGGCUACGGAGACAACACCAAGGCUGCCGUGAUCCGCCUGGGGCUGAUGGAGAUGAUUGCCUUUGCCAAGCUCUUCUGCAAGGGCCCCGUCACCUCCUCCACCUUCCUGGAGAGCUGUGGGGUCGCGGACCUCAUCACCACCUGCUACGGCGGCCGCAACCGCAGGGUGGCCGAAGCCUUCGCCAGGACCGGCAAGUCCCUGGAGCAGCUGGAGAAGGAGAUGCUGAACGGGCAGAAGCUGCAGGGCCCCCAGACGUCCGCUGAGCUGCAUCGCAUCCUUCAAAGCAAGAAUGCGGUGGAGAAGUUCCCCCUCUUCACAGCUGUGUACAGGAUCUGCUACGAGGGCAAACCUGUCACUGAUGUCAUCCAGUGCCUGCAGAACCACCCUGUGCACAUGUGAGGGGUCCCUGACCCUGCUGGGAUGGGUGCAGAGCUCCUGCCCACACCCUCUGGCUCUGCUUUGUGAGCAGGGAGCAUCCCCUGGCACCCUCUGCAGUGCUGGGAGGGCAGAGCUCCCCUGUCUCAGCCCAGGACACUGCCAGCCUGAGCCUGGCACCAGCACAGAGGUACCUGCUGGUCUCCUUCUCUCUUUGAAGGGCUCAUUUAGCUUCUGCUGCUCUCAGCUUGGCCCUCAACAGGGCUGAGCAUCUUCCUCUGGUCUCUUUUCUCUUGCCACGCUGGAUUCAGUUCUCAGAAGGUCUCUGCCAGCUCACCUGGAUGCACAGGGGUGGUGCAGGAGGCACUGCCAGGGGGGGGGAUGAGCUUUGCUGCUGGCCCCACAGGGCCACUCUGCAUGACCCCAGCCCUUUCCUGCUUGCUGCUGUUGCUUUGGGCUCCAGUGUCUCGUGGGGAGGGCACAGCUCCCUGCCA